CAACAAAGCUUAAGCACGUUUUUCUGAUUUGUAAAGUGUCUGCCGAGAGGUAAUUGUUUCCCUUCUUUAUUGUUCUGCUACGCUGAUCAAGCCAUGUCAUGGAAUCACCUCAAACUUACAGGCCCGGGCAAAACACUUGGGCGUGGCGAUCCGAUCGAUCAAUAUUUGGCAGAUCACAAUUUGUAUCGCCAGCUGAUCAUUAAGGGCGGUUGCAGCCUAUUCCGAGUCAUCGCCGAGCAGAUGUAUGACACACAAAAUCUUCACCAAGAGGUGCGAGAGGACUGUGUACGCUUUAUGAUGGACAAGCGACGCCUAUUCAGGAGAAACAUAAAGGGCAAUUUCAACGACUAUCUGUUGAAGUUAGAGAAGCCGAAAACGCGGGGUACGAUGAUAGAACUACGCGCCCUUUGCCUUAUGUACGGCCGGAAUGCGAUUGUGCAUGAGCCAAUGAAACUGGGCACGCCAGUGACAUUUAGCGACAAUUACAAGGAGAACUUUAGUGUGUUCAUCGACCGGUAUGGCCAUUUCGAUGCUGUCUACCCGAUGGAGCACAUUGAGGAGGCAGCCAUUUGCCAAUCCAUCACAUUUACAAUGCUUUACCAGAUGUGUUUUAGGCUGCCGGAUGUGAGCCUGGCAGCUGAGAAGAUGCUGAAUCCGGGCACAUUCCGCGAAGGCACCUCGCUGGAACUUAGUCGAAAUGGCACUGUUGUUCGCCUUUUCUGCAGAAAUGGACGCAGUUUCGACCUGGACUCACCAGAGCUCACCAACUGCCUAAUGAACGACAAAGAGCUCUGCGAUUUCCACAAUCGAGAACGUUGGCAAGAGUAUCUAAUGAGAUUUGGACGAGGACCAUUGUCGUGCACGCUCAGAUAUAUGGAUGAAAACAUCGCGCCAUUUUCCUAUUCUGUUGCCAAGUCCCUAUCCCCAGAUAGCUAUCGAAAUGUUGAGCUCACCUCUUAUCUUGUGAUGAAAAAGGAGGCGGUAAGGUUCCAGCUAUAUAUCGGCGACUACGAUUUCAAGGUUGGCGCCCAUUGUCUAGUGGAGCUUGACCAAAGGCCUGGGCAUAUGAAGAAGUGUUACAUACAGAAAAUAGACUGGAGCACACACACAUUCAGUGUUUAUGUUGAGGAAAUGUGCAAAGAGUUGUUGGUGCCUGCGAAAUCAGUACAUCCGCUGCCACCUGGUCAAUUCCGGCCCUGGCAGCUCAGCUUUUUACAACGAAUGAAAUUACCUCGCUUUAACAUAAUUUGCGAUAAUAAUGGUAAUAACCGGAAGCUUGACACAAUUCUAAACCCAGCUCGAGGGCAAAAUCAGGUGAUGACCUCAGGUAACCGCAUGCCUCAGCUCUUUUUCCAAUCGCCAGACCUUUAUUUGGAUCCAACAAUGGUGCAGCAAGGACAUAUUUUCUUUCUAAUAAGUUCUCCGCCCUAUUUCAAGCCACCUGCAGUGGACCCAAACCGCCGAGUUUUGUUACCGAGCCCGCCACAACCACCAUUCAUGGUGGUGCAGCCCAUUACGAUCUACUCGUAUGUCUCUCCUCACGGAGGCCCAUCCGAAAUGUGCGAUUUUCCUUCAUGGUCGGAAACGGACCGAUCGGCCUUGACCAUCGAGGAAAUCACUGACACGAAUUGAUAGAAAUAGGCUCAGAUAUUAUUUUUGCCAACAUAUCGACGGUAAGGAUAAUUCGCUGAACUGAAUAAUUUUUGCAGUCAUCUGAGUUUCUAAAUUGUAAGCGUCUGAACAUUUUUUAAUCAUAGAAUUUUAGAUCGCUUUUCGAUUGUAAAACAUAUUAAUAUCCGA